CAUCAGAGGCCGAGGUGGGUCGUUUCCGCGCACUAGGACGUAAUCUGAGGCCCUCUUCCAGGCCUGGUACUCCUUCGGUGCCACGUCCUAGUGGUGACCUUGCCCAGCCUCCCACUAACCAUGGGGGGGAAAAUGUCCCUGCAGCUCCUGCACAGGUUCCCUCACCGAGUGGUGCUCCGGUGGGAGGGCCUAAG